AUGUAUUUCUUCAUCUUCAUCCAUACAGCUACCAAUCAAACACCCUUCUGGUCAAACUUCGAGUUCCAUUCUUCUUUUCUCCCUAACUCCAUGCCUGAGAUGUCUGCCCCUGCUGUACAGGACCAGAUAACCUCUAUCCAGCUGAACUUUCAGAAAUUUCAAGAAAUUAUGCAAAGUGCCCAGGACAACUACAAGAAAUAUUAUGAUAAGGGCAGGAAGAAGAACCCAGCCUUCAAAGUUGGGGAAAAAUCCACAUAUAAGGGUGAAGUCACCACAAUAUUUUUUCUGGGAUUUCAAAACCAUGAAGUAAUAAGUCUAUUGCUCUUCCCUUUUUUCCUUAUAAUAUACUGCAUGACAAUAUGUGGAAACCUCUUGAUCAUUGCACUGGUGUCCUACAGUAAGGUCCUCCAUUCUCCCAUGUACUUCUUCCUCUCGCAGCUGUCUAUAAGCGACAUCAUUUUGUCCACGGAUAUUUCCCCAAACAUGCUAAACAUUGUACUACAUGAGGGGACCUCCAUAUCGCUCUCUGGCUGUAUGACCCAGUACUAUUUCUUUGGCUUCUCAGAGGCAUCUGAAUGUUUCCUUCUAAUGGUGAUGUCAUAUGAUCGCUAUCUAGCUAUCUGUUCUCCUCUUCAUUACGCCUACAUUAUGAGCCCUGCACUUUGCAUUAAGUUAGUUCUUGUAUCUUGGUUGUUCAGCUGCAUUGUAGCACUAAUACUAACUCUUAGUAUGUGCCAACUACAAUUCUGUGGACCAAACACUAUUGACCAUUUCCUUUGUGAUUUUGAUCCUCUGGUAGAACUUUCUUGUUCAGAUGUAUCCUCAAUGCAAAUGGAGGUCACGGUAUUGAGCAUUCCUGUGUUGGUGGUACCGUUCCUUGUGAUAGUAGUUUCAUAUACAUGCAUUGUUUUAGCCAUAUUAAAGAUAUCUUCCUCUUCGGGAAGAGCAAAAACCUUUUCUACGUGUAGCUCCCACCUGACAGUGGUGUCUAUAUUUUAUGGGACUCUAAUCACCAUGUAUAUGAUCCCAAAAAGAGGACAAUCUCGAAUUAUCAGUAAGAUCCUGGCUUUAUUAUACACUGUUUUCACUCCCUUCUUAAAUCCUUUCAUAUACAGUCUGAGGAACAACGAUAUCAAGAAAGCUCUGAGAAAUGUUUUGUAUAACAAAAGAGUUUAGGUUGGUCACAGGUACUAAAAAAAGACUUA